GAAAAGAUUUACAUCCCUAUGACGUUUUCUUUGAAAGGAAUGUUUUUCCGGAUCUUCGAAGGAAUCUCUGGAGUUUAGGAAAGUUUUAUACGACAAGGCGGGGAGAAUCAGAGGGAUCUUCAAUCUCGUUCCGGUUAAGGGAGUUUUCUUCACGCAUCUUUCAACCACGAGAUCUCUGUGGUAGGAUCCUCGUUCUCAUUAAAACGAGAUCACAAGAUCUAAGUGGGUUAAGGUUUAACGGUUGCAGAACGGAUAUUAUACGAUCUGUUUUAGUGGGGAAAUGGCGACACAUGAGGCGAUCUAGGGUUCUCAUGACUUCACGACGAUGGGAUUCCGGUGUUGGAGGCGGGUUUUGGUGGGGCCUAGUGGAUUGGCAAAGUGAGAAUCAGGGGGUCGUGGAAUGGAGAUUGCGUUCGAAUCUCCGAGGUGUUGAUUUGGUUAUAGAAAAAGGAAACUUUGGAAAGUUAAGGAGGCUUGGGAUUUCAGCGAAUUGGAUUACGAUUUCGAUCAUCAUCAAGACGAAAUCGAAGGGAUAUACAGGGACAAUUGGUGAGUAACGGUGGGGAGGUGAAGGAUGGAGAGAAUGCCCGUAAAAGAUUGAAGAUAUCUGGUGCCUCAUUUCGAUAACUCGGCGCUCAUCAAGACUUACUCCAAAACAUUGAUUGGAAGGUGUAUGAAUCCCCCGGAACAAGACAUGAAGGCGUUGAUUCUAAAUAUACCUAAGAUUUGGAAGCUGGAGGACCCGGUGGUUGGGACAGAUUUGGGAUUUGGAAAGUUUCAAUUUGAUUUUGAGACAGAGGAGGACAUUGAUGCGGUCAUGAAGCUUCAACCUUACCAUUUUGAUUAUUGGAUGCUGGCUCUGGCGCGCUGGCAACUAAAGAAGAAUCAACUCUUUCCAUCGGAAAUAACGUUUUGGGUUCGGGUGAUUGGCGUUCCAAUGGAGUUUAGGACGGCUCCCACUUUUGAGAGCAUCGGCGAUGCGCUUGGAAGAACGGUAGCAGUGGAUAUUGAACGUUCAAGAGUUCAGGUGGUGGUGAACGCGUUUCAAGAGCUCUGCUUUCAAACCACUUUGGAUUUCAAGGGGGGCGAGUUUUAUGAUGGGGAGGAAGCUGCAAUCUCUUUGAGAUACGAGAAACUCUUCGGCUAUUGUCAAGUUUGCUCGAGUCUCUGUCAUAAGGAGGAGAUCUGCCCUUUGACCAAGAAAAUGUGGUAAAGGCGAGUCCAGAGAAGAGACGGGAGAACAGAGAAGGCAACGGUGGGUGGUAUGAUGGAGGGAAACAUGAUGAUCGGGCACGGAGCUACAAGGGAGCGGUUAUUAAUGGUCCUCCGAUGCAACAACACAAGGAGAGAGAGGGUCGUGACUACCAUGGGAAGGGCAAAGGCAAAAUGAUUGAAGAGGCUGACUCUAAAUGGGUAUAGAUGGCUGAUAGAGGAAGUAAGGGGUCGUUUAACAAUCACAAGAGUUACAGAGGAGAUGGUGAUGGCUCUCGAUACAGAAGCUCACGAAGAGACGAGCCUCAGGUUGAUGUUCAAGAGGGCCAUGCUAGGAAUCUAUCAAGACAGACAGGAGCUCAGCAGUUACAGGGUGAAGUACGAGAUGAGGCGCAGGAGGAUGGGGAGAUCAGAGCUCCUGAGAGUCUCAAUAAGACACGUCCCUCUCCUGCUUUUCAAGCAGAACACGAUAAGACUCAGAAGAUAGGAACAGAUGCGUUAUCGGAUCCUAUGGAGGUGGAGAAAGGGCUUCAAAUAAUUCAGAGUUUGGUUGAGAAAGCACCGGUCUUGGAGGAUGAUAAGGUGAUGAAUAUGGAUGAGUUUCGAGCCGUCUUUUUGGAACAUGGAAUUGAUAUGGAUGCGACAGAUGACUUACCGGAUGUCUCUGACGGUGAGAUUGAGGAGAUGUUGAAGGAACAGGAGGAGGGAGAUAAUAUUCAGGGAGAGGUUGAAGUUGGAAAUGACGCUGAAGAGAAAGUGCAGGUUGAAGGAGAAGUGGGGAAGAAGAAUGGUUCUCGUAAGAGACUGUUCAAGCCUACGCUAGGAACCGCAGUAAGCACAAAGAUGAGGAUUGCUAAUGCUCUUGCUUCACCGCGUAAACGAGCUCCGAACAAGACAUGAUCGCGCUGUGGAGAGAAUGGCAAGCAGCAGGAGAGCAAGGGACCUUCAAUCCCGAAGAGUGGACCACCAAAACCGUAGUUUUAUGAAUCAGUCUCUUUCUUUAGUAGCUCUGAGGUUCCAGGGUUUUUAUCAUUGUUUUGGGGUUUUCUUUUUUCAAAUAAGCUCUAUGAGCAAGUAUGGUUUAUUUGAUUUAAAUGGUAGCAUGGCUCCGUUUUGUUGUUUGGACCUGAGAUGGUCAAUUUGGUUUUUUUAAUUGGUUAUGCAAGAGAAUAAAAAGGAUUUGUUUUUGUUUUGGCA